CCUUUCUAUGUCUUGGGAGGAUGCUUAGUCAUGUACUGUUUCUGUACCAUCUUGGUACAUUAAUAGUAAAAAAAGCCUUUACCUUAUCCAAAAAAAAAAGAACAUGCUCGACCUUAAUAAUUUGACAAUUCUCAGUUUGAUCUUAUGUUUCUUCUUCAUGGCAGUCGAUCGAUGCACUUCUUGAGAUGCUUAGCAAGGACGGUAAAACGCCUGAUGUGUUCAUUUUGAUGCAAACCAUGAGGUGUUAUCUUCAUUCUGGGGACCUACAACGUGGUCGGAAAAUUUUUGAGGACUACAUGAGUUCGGGAAAACCACCUAUGAUUGAAUUAUAUGUGACACUUGUUGAGGGAGCAAUGGUCGGUUACACUCCUGAAGGGAUGCAACUCGCUCAAGAUACACUGGUCAAUAUGAACUCCAGGAACUUCUUCCUGAGUCCCAAAAUGGGAAGUGAUCUCCUUCUUGUUGCUGCGGGUGAAAAGACUGGUGGAUAUACUACUGCGAAUCUGAUAUGGGACAUGAUGCAAGCUCGUAAAAUUACACCUACAUUUCCUGCUGUUCAAGCAUAUCAUGAUGGGUUGAAGGUUCGGGAGAUACCAGCUGAUGAUCCAAGACUGCAACUUGUUACUCGAACCUACAAUAAUCUGAGACAGAGGUUUGGUGGGGGAGCUGGUAUGGGAGCUGGACGACCGUAGACAGAGAAUUGAAGCCAUGCAGCAGCUACAUCGCCCUGAACCAUUGGGUUCUUUUGUACCCUAGAAUGUCUGCCUUUUCCUGUUAUUCCAUAAUUUGGCCUAUUUGGUCAUGUACCCGAGUCGGGCAGAUACAUAGAUUUAUUGACAUUGUUGCGGAGAUAAUAGGAUUUACUCGCGACCUGCUAGUCACGCUUUUUCUUGACUACCUAAUGCUUAGAGGAUGUAUAAACACCAAGUCUUUCA